ACCGGCAAAAAUCCGGCACAUGUUAUGUGGCCCUUCUAUAAAAAUAACACGUGCGAUGCAGCAGCAGAUAAACAGGAGCAAGAAUGCACAAGAGGCUACUAUCCUGACUCAUCACGGCGAAAUCGAAGGAGCACAUCAUUUUCGGCGUGAACAUCGCUCGAGGAAGCAACAUCCGCCUCGUUAUCCGAAACAAGCAGCUGACAGCAGCGGAGAGAAUGUCUGCAGAGGGCACCGUGACGUAUGAGCUGGGACACCCGCGGAAGGAUGCGAGCCCCGAUUCUGCCAGCUAUGUGAAUGAAGGAGACGUCAAUGAGCCGGAUUGGCAGGAGAGACAUUGGGGGUCGCACUAUCCCAAGCGACUCGAGAUCAAGAAGAAGUGUGACCUUGAGGGAGUGUUCUAUGCGAAAGCUACACCGGGAACGGAGAAUUGGGAGCUAGAUGGCAAGCUCUGUAAGAAAAGGCGUGAGUACGUAUUGAGCGCAGGAGGGACUUUGGACGGGCCAGUUACUAAGCUAACCCACCUUAUCUUCACAUCCUGAAGCCAUUCACGAUUAACAUUCCAGCGCCACCGAGUCAAAUAAACUCAUCGGUGGAAAUAGCAAUAUACAAAGAUCGCCCUCUGAGACACUUCAGCCCUACGCUCUCGUCUCGCGCGGCCCGCAUACACGUCAGCACACUCGCGCAGGGCCUGAAACCUGGACAAUGGAAACC